UUGGUUUGUUCGGUCUGCGUGAUGCUUGGAAUAAGAGGCUGCUUUAAGGAUUAUGCCAGUUUGUAAGAUAAUAACAAUGAGCCACAAGACACUCGUCAUUGCCUUCAUGCUUUUUUCUAACAUCAUCAUUGGGUCAGGACAAGAUUUAAAACUGUCAGUGAAUGUUGUUGAUGGCGAGGUGGUCGUCCUUUGGAAUAAACCGAGAAAUGCCACAUCAGACAUCAAGUACAAUGUACAAAUGGCCAAGUAUCUUGGAACAUGGGACAUGGUUGGAGGCUGCACGGGGGUCACAAAGACCUACUGUGACCUAAGUAGGCUCAUACAGGAGUAUAGACAUGCCUACAAGGUCAGAGUUCAGACGGUAGACAGAAACAUCACGUCUGGGUGGACGGUGAAGAAAUUUCUACCAAGUACAAGCAACCUGCUGCCUCCAUCCUUCACUUUAUUCGCCACAUCCAGCACUAUAACAGUCCAUGUUCAUCAAAAACCUGUUCUGAGAAAACUCUUUCCAUUUGGGGUUACAUACAUCAUGUACUUGGAGGAAAAAGGUCAAGAUGACAAAAAGACCAAAUUAUAUCUGACGGAUGACUUAGACCAGAGGUCUAAAACUUUCACUUCUCUUCACUGGGGGGUUGAGUACUGCAUCAGCAUCAUGGUGGAGGGAAACGGCGCUCUAUCCACGAGCGAUUUGUCGCCGGAACAAUGCCUACAGCUUCCAGAACAUGGGUGGUUCAUAACUGCUGUGGCAUCCCUGACCGCUUUGGGCGUGCUGGCUUUGGUGUCCGUGGCAGCCAUUGGGCUCCUUUGUCACCUGAAUCGUCCAGUGAAGACGCCUGCCGCACUGAAAUGCACUGCACGUGACUGGCGGCCACUAUCUGUAAGAGAGAGCUCAAUGGAAGUUGUCAUAGACAAAGGCUGGUUCCUGUCCGGCCGCAGAACAGAAGAGAAAAACCCGGUCACACUUCAUGAUUUGGAAUACGAAGAUCAAACAGACAAAGACCGGAGGACUAGCCUGGACAGUGGCCUGAGCAUGGGGUCCACUGAAGGGCUGAGGAGACAGGAGGACAGCGGUUGCGAGAGCAUGGCAGGAACGGAGUGUUCAAGGGACAAUGGGAUAGUUUAUCCCCAACUGGAUAAUACUGACAAGAGGAAGGAGGAUAGUGAGGUGGGGCUCAGGUAUAAAUUGGACUCCUCCACCUUGAACAAUGUAGGAACGUUGGGAAAUUAUCACAGCCAAUGCCCUGGCCUGAGGAAUCAUGUCGGGGAUGAGGAGUCGAAACAGAUCCUCCCAGGUGUGGUUUUAGCCGAAGCGAUCUCUGGCUACAAGGCGGGAACUCAGUCAUGCAUCUGCUCUGGUGCAGCCCAGUGCAUUUGGUGCCUCCAACGCAUGGUCCAAGAGGCUGAAACCAUGCAGCAGCACAAAGACAACUUCAUUAUAGACGUUACAAGAAGGAAUAAAAUAGCCAUGAAUGACUUGGAAACAGGGGAAGCUUUCCCAUUCCUGACAGCUCUAACAGGAGAGAUAAGCCCGAGCAUGGACUGUAAUGUGCAGCUGGACACGGACUGAUGAUUCAAGAUGAGAAGCCAUAACUGCUUUUAAAACAGCUGCUGCUUUGGAAUUGAACUCCUGAUACUUUCAACGUAUGCGAGUCAGGCAACGUUGAGAAAAACAACGUAUGUAGGAAACAUGUCAGUAGAGAAUAUAAAGAAGAAGUAACGAAUAGUCAGUGCACGAUGUGAUGGAACAUCUGCCCAGUGGGAACGGAAGUCAAACUGUUGUGGGAACAUAAAUAGCGUGACAUUACCUCGCUUCCUGACAAAUCUUAUUGAUAGUUUCAGUACCUAUUUAUUUGUAUUUAACUCUGUCUAUCAGUGCGUCUCGUCUUUUCUCAUUUUUAAUAUUUAUGUUGUAAACAGUUUUGAAAUACAAUACAUAUGUGAAGUGUGCUUUCAAAUGUACGGUUUGUUUAAAUGUGAUCAUCGGCACUCCAACAAGCAGACCGAAACCCGUCUCUUAACACUACACACAGAACACAGACACGGACCAAUGUUGAAAUGACAGCAAAAUGCAUGCAGAUGUGACAAAUAUGUUUGAUAAAAUCUGUUAAAAGUGU